GAUUUCCUGUCAGUGUGUCGCAGACUGAGACAGAGACAGGCAUAGAACACAAGGCAGAAUGAAGAAGGUUGACAAGGUGGAUAAAGGCAGCGGUGGUGGAAAGUCAGGAAUUAAGAAAGAGAAAGUUCAGAGUUGGAUCCCCAAGCUCAUCAAGAAGCGAGUGUGCACCACAUUUGUUGAAGACUCUUUAAGUAAUGGAGUCCUCUGUCAGUGCGGUCAUGUGCGGAACGUGCAUAAUAUCUUGGACACAAUGGACUCCAGCGGGGCUGCGAUCGUCACCCAGUGGGACAGUCAGCAGCAUACCACCGAGUCUACCACCGAUGCCUUCGGAGAGCUGGAGUUUGCUGGCGCCGGUCACCGACACAGUUAUUUUCUGCGGCUAUCAUGUGACACACAACCUCAGAUCAUCUACACCCUGAUGACAACAUAUUGGGGUUUGCCCUCGCCCAAUUUGGUGGUGUCAGUGGUGGGGGGCGAAGGCUGCGAGAACAUCAAAACAUGGGUGAGAGAUGUCCUGAGAAACGGUCUGGUUAGGGCUGCACAGAGCACAGGGGCCUGGAUCUUGACGGGAGGUCUCCGGGAAGGCGUGGCUCGCUGUGUAGGUGAGGCAGUGAGGGACCAUGACGCUGCAGCACCGGCUCCCUCCAAAAAGAAAGUCAUAGCUGUUGGACUUGCACCCUGGGGCGUUGUGCACAACAGGCAACAGCUUGUCAAUGCACAGGGAAGCUUCCCUGCUUGCUACUAUGUUCAGAACACAUCACGUGACACCUGCUGCCUGGACAGCAACUGCCAGGCUUUCUUGCUGGUUGAUGAUGGGAGUACUGGCAAAAGAGGAGGAGAUACUGCAUUUCGUGCCAAUCUGGAGGACUAUAUUUCACACCAGCAUACUGGUAUUUGGGGUAGUGGCAGUAUUGAAAUUCCGGUGCUGUGUAUGCUCAUUUCAGGAGAUGUUCGUAUGCUAGAGAGAGUAGCUACAUCUCUGAAGAGAUCUACACCCUGGCUGGUUCUUGCUGGUACUGGUCCAGCUGCAGACUUUAUCAGCGAACUUCUUUUGAGUCUUGCCUGCAUUUCCAUCGGCCCGACCUCCCCAUCAAUAGAGGGUGAAGUUGUGGAGUAUCUAUCAGAUAUCCGUGACAUGGUCCGCGACAAGAUCAAAAGAUACUUUGAAGGGGAAGCUGACCUGGAAAAACUGGUGGACACUGCUCUGAGUAUUUACCACAACAGAGAGCUCAUCACUGUUUUCCAUGGGGAGCAAGAAGGACUGUAUGAUUUUGAUACUAUCGUCCUCAAAGCCCUGGUUAGAGCUAGUAAACGUCUGUCCAAUGAUGCCAGCGAGUACACUGAAGAAUUGAAACUGGCCGUUGCCUGGAACAGAGUGGACAUCGCCAAGGCAGAACUCUUCACUGGAAACAUACAGUGGACGUAUGAGGACCUGGACGACGCCAUGACAGAUGCUUUGAUCAAUGACAAGCCUCAGUUUGUGCGCCUCUUCUGUGAGAACGGUCUGAACAUCCUGGACUAUCUGACGUACCAGCGCUUGGAGAGCUUGUAUCGCUCAAUUUCGGACAGCACAGUGGUCUACACUCUGCUCCAGGAUCAUCUGAGUGACCGUCAGAGCCUGUCUGGAUCCCUACCUAAAAUAGGACCACUAAAUAGGUCGCAGAGUGCAAUGCCUGGGCUUGCUUCAGCUCAAGAGCUUAGCCUAUUUGAGGUAUCACGCGUGUUGCGAGACCUGCUGGGAGAUGCUUGUCAGCCUUUCUACUACGGACCCCUGGGUCUAGACCCCAAAACCAGCAAUCGGAAGACGCUUAGACAAGUCAUCAAGUUGUUGCAGGGUAAAUGUGCCUACCGAGACCAACACUGCCAGUCUCCCUGGGUAGCACUCUUCAUCUGGGCUGUCCUGCAGAACCGCAGUGAGAUGGCUAUUUACUUCUGGGAGAUGGUGGGGGAGUCAGUGCUGAGUGCGCUGGGUGGCUGUAAACUGCUGAGGGAAAUUUCUAAGUUUGAAAGUGAAACUGAGAUCAAGGUGGCCAUGAAAGAUCUGGCGCAGAAGUUUGAGGAUCUUGCACAUGAUGUCUUUGGAGAGUGUUACCAGAGUAGUGAGAGUCGCUCCUUCAACCUCCUGAUAAGAGUGUCUCCUGUGUGGCUUGGAACUACAUGUCUACAUAUGGCAACUGUGGCUGAUGCUCUGCAGUUCUUCAGCCACGAUGGAGUACAGGCAUUGCUCUCCCAGAUCUGGUGGGGCAGCAUGGACAGAAGUACUGAGGUCUGGAAAUUGGUGAUGACCUUCUUUGUGCCCCCCCUCCUCUACACAGACUUAAUCAACUUCAGGAAGGAUCAGGAAGACGUGUGUAGUCCUGUGGAGGUCCACCACAUAGAGACUGACAACACAGAAGGAAAUGAUGCUACAGUCUUCUCUUUGGAAGAAAUUAUACAAAGUGAUGGCGAUGGUGAGGAGUUCAAGGCUCUCAAAGAAAAUCUGAAAGCCACUUCACCAUCCAAAACUAGGAGACCAUUCAUUGUGUCACGGUGGGGACAGUUUUGGUUUGCCCCUGUCACAUCCUUCCUGGGCAACGUGCUGAUGUACUUCCUGUUCCUCUCCUUGUUUGCUUACGUUCUGUUGGUGGAUUUCAAGCCCCCAUCUCAAGACGGCCUGUCAAAACUGGAAUUUGUGCUCUACUUUUGGGUUUUUACCUUAAUAUGUGAAGAGAUUCGACAGACCGUCUCCAUGGACAACAGCUUUGUGCUCCAGAGGAUGAAGAGUUACAUCCAGGAUAAAUGGAAUAAGUGUGACGUCAUAGCUAUCACACUCUUCAUUUGUGCUCUGUGUUGCAGAAUGUUUCCGUGGUCAUUCAAGUUUGGUCGAGCGCUGAUGGCCAUCGAUUAUAUGGUCUUUGCACUUCGUCUGAUCCAUAUUUUUGCUGUCCACAAACAGCUUGGGCCCAAGAUUAUCAUUGUUGGCAAAAUGAUGAAAGACAUUUUCUUCUUCCUCUUUUUCCUGGCUGUCUGGCUCAUGGCCUAUGGAGUAGCCAACCAGGCACUUCUCUACUUAUAUGAUCCCCGACCCAACUGGAUAUUUCGCCGUGUCUUGCACAAACCAUACAUGCACAUUUAUGGACUACUUCCUGUGGAAGAAGUGGAUGCGGAAUUAUUUCUAGACAUCAACUGUACCGAUAACAGGACACUAAUUGAAGCAGGAGCAGAGCCCUGCAUGAACACCUAUGCCAACUGGCUGGUUAUCCUCCUCCAGACUGUCUAUCUACUGGUUACCAACAUACUGCUAAUCAAUCUCCUCAUCGCCAUGUUCAGUUACACUUUCAACGAAGUUCAGGAGCGCAGUGACACCCACUGGAAGUUUCAGCGUUACAGCCUCAUCGUGGAAUACCACUCGAGGCCUUCUCUGGCCCCACCAUUUAUCAUCAUUUCACAUCUUAAUCUGUUAAUCAAGAGAUGUAUACGCCGCAUUCCCUCGGAAAAGAGAAAACACUUUGUUUUGGAGUUGCAGGGCAUAAAGGCCAGCCGACUUAAGAUGUGGGAGGCUAUUCAGAAAGAGAACCUCCUCUCUGCUCAGAAUAAGCGUCAAAGAGAGAGUGACACCGAGCGGCUUAAACGUACAUCGGUCAAGGUGGAGAGUGUACUGAAGCACAUGGCACAGAACCGUGACCAUGACCGGCGUUUGCAGCUCCUUGAGACAGAGAUGGAGUUCUGCUGCAACGCCCUCUCCUGGAUGAUGGACGCUAUGUCUCAGAGUAAUCUGAUUACAAGCAACCGCCCUCAUCCAAUCCAAAGAGAUUUGUCGCCAAGCUGAAGCCCCUGAAAAUGGUUCACAUGCACACAUGCACGCACACACACAUUCAUGCACAUGCUGUUUACUGAGGGGCAAAGUUUUUGUUUUAUUUGCGUUGAAUUUCCUUUAUUUCAUUUUUGUAAAGCUUUUUAUUGGGUUUAUGUUUACAUUACAUUCAAUUUUAUUUAAUUUCAAUUGAGUAAAAGUAAAAUUUUGUGCAUGUUUUUGCAUCUGUUUGAGAGUUAUUUGUAGAGUGGAUAACAAAAUCCCUAUCCUGAUAACUCUUGAUGAACUUCAUAUUUUAUCCAUCCAUCCAUUUCCUGUACCGCUUCUCCUCACUAGGGUCGUGGGCAUGCUGGAGCCUAUCCCAGCUAUCUUUGGGGCGAGAGGCGGGGUACACCCUGAACUGGUCACCAGCCAAUCGCAGGGCGCAUAUAAACAAACAACCAUUCACACAUACAGGCAAUUUGGUGUCUUCAAUCAACCUACCAUGCACGUUCUGGGGAUGUGGGAGGAAACCGGAGUGCCCGGAGAAAACCCACGCAGGCACAGGGAGAACAUGCAAACUCCACAUAGGCGAGGCCGGGAUUUGAACCCCGGUCCUCAGAACUGUGAGGCAGAUGUGCUAACCAGUCGCUCACCGUGCCACUUUAUAUUUUAUAUGAAAAUAAAUUCCAGAAUAUGUGUAACAUUUCUCAAGUCAAUACCAGCAUUAUUACCAUUCCUCAUUCUUGCUCCAUUUAAUCACAGCUCACUGUUUGUUGUUUGCUGAUGUAUUUCCUAGCUCAAAAACAUUUCAGGUGGUCAGAGACAGCACCACUGUCCGGUGUUUGAAUUGGAAUGAGAAAAACCAGCUGUUGGAACCACUAUUUUUAAGAAUGGUGACAAAAUAAAAGAUAAAGGCCAAUUAGAAGCCAUAUGAACACAGCCGCAAUAAAACUACGACUGAAACUAGGGAAAGACCCCACUCAGCCAGCUAAUUACCAUCUGCUGUCACUAAUUGAUACGGACAUAAAAAUCAUUUUUCAAGCUUUAGCCUACAAACUAGAAAAAAUCAUUCCAUCGAUAAUACAUUGUGACCAAACACGUUUUAUUAAAGGAUGGAGCUCCACCAACAAUGUCAGGUGAUAAACCCAAUAAGUAUGUUUUAGCGUAACAAUCUGAAAACAAUUGUCUUAUCACGAGACGCAGAAAAAGCUUUUGACAAAGUCAACUGGGGGCUCAUGUACAAAAGGUGCGUACGCACAAAAACGUGUCGUCCGUUCUUUUUCACAGCAAAGGUCAGACGCAUCAAGAGUAAAAUGACCGUGGAAAUGUGCGGUGCCUCACGCCAACUUCAUGGCUCGCGUAUGCACGUUUCUGCAGCUUUUGGUGCUUUGGCGACACUUAGAGGUGAUGCUGGGAAACUGUUAUAAUAAAUCACUGAUAUUUGUGAGGACACCUAUUAAUUGAUCAGGGUGAUCAUUUAUGACGCCUAUUGCCCUCACAAUCACUUCUUGUGACUCCAGCAGAUGCACUGAAAAAACAGAGUCCUUUGAAUUUACUUAAUUUGAACAUGUACAAACGGUUGCACAUGAUUAAAAUGUGUUGAAAUGACAUAAUUUACCCCUCUUCUCCUAAAAAAAACAUGAUUUUUUUUUAUCAAUGUGUAUGUCCUUUCCUGUGUAUUAAAAUAAUAAAUUAUUAUUAUUAUUAUUAUAUAUAUUAUAUUAUUAUAAAGUAAUCACAAAGGAGUCAAAGUUUUUGAUAUCCUCUCUGAUAUGCUGAUGUGCUUCUAUUUGAAUUGAAAAGAUUUAUUACAAAUACCAUACAUACAACAUUUACGCAUGAACGUUUAUCUCACAGGGCUGAGUGUAGGUUACUGUAUGAACACAUUUGUUGUGAGUUAUAAAAAUACAUGGUAUUAACCUUGUGGGGUGAUCCGAGUCAGCCACAUGUGCUCCCAGCACCCCUGAGAGAGCAGCGCCAUCCAUCCUCAAUGUCCCGGCUCAGCAACUCCAUGCAUGGAAAAUACGCAUCCCUGGCUGAUUCACUUCAGUGCAAGUCACCGGAGUAAACUCAGGCAAUGACAAAAAAAUGUACAUUGUUAAUUAUGUUGUGUUGUGCAAGAUUGGCUCAUGCGGUGAUGCAAAGUACAUCAACAUACAUUGAUGCUGAGCUGUGUCGACGGCCAAGAAUUUUAGCUCACUGGUUCGAGACCCUUGUCCUGCAUGCUUACGUGAGCGUGGCCUGCUAAUUAGCACAAGCCUGCUAUUAGCAACAAGACCAGCAAUCAAGAUGCCUCCCUUUUCCACUGAGGACUAUCACGGACUGCUACAGAGGAUGUCAAUCCUGGAAACGAAAAUCCACCAUCUUGAAGUGUAUGUGGAUGUAAAUGGACAGUCAGGGAACGAAACCACUUUACCGAUGUCUCAAAAUGGUGAGCAGAAGUGUGCUAACAGAAAGCCACUUAGCUCAACAAAGAGGACAGAUGUGGACUGUGGAAACGGUAAUGCAUCAUCCAGCAGUUCUCCCUGGAAUUUACUGGGAGAAAACCGCAAAGAUAUGGGACAACUUCUACAAGGGAGGACACAACACCAGCAGAUUACCGAGGAAUUCUUUUUUUUUUUGAUGGAUUUUAGCUCUUUUGAAUAUCUCUAUUUUUUAGUUAAAGGUGACCCUAAGAUUAUUGUUUUAAUAAUUUAUAGACUUCUAAGAUACAAUAGAAAAUUUGGGGGGGAUUUUUCAGAACUGCUGUCAACUAUUUUGUCAUACCGGGAGACUUAAACAUUCAUGUUGACAAUAACGGGAAAUCUAAAGAACUCUCUGGUCUACUUGACACAUUUGACCUCUCUCAACAUAUUAAGAGUCCAACCCAUACUCAAGGUCACAUCUUAGACCUGGUCAUCUCUAAGGAUGUUGAGAUUUUAUCAAUUGACAUUCAGGAUAUGACCAUUUUGGUGUAUUCUUUGAAUUACACAUUCUUCCAAAAGUUCAGACAACCUCUUUGUCUAUUAAGAAAAGGUACAUAAAUGAGAGCACCACCACUAAGUUUAUGGAGACCAUAGCUGUGCCGCAAACUGUGAAUGCGGAGACAGUUAAUGAACUUUUAGAUAAUUUCACCUGGAAAAUCUCAAAUGUCAUGAAUGCUCUCGCUCCUAUUAAAACUAAGACAAUCUUGAGGCGACCUAGAACACCGUGGAGGAGCACAAUGAUGGUAAAGACCGCUAAAUCAAAGUGUAGGAAAUGAGAAUGUAAGUGGAGAAAAACUAAACUCCAAAUUGACUACGACCUCUACAGACAAAGUCUUUGUAAUUUUAACCAAGAGUUAUUCAGGGCGAGACAGUACCAUUUUUCUGAAAUCAUCAAUAAGAACUCCAACAAUACUCGCACUCUGUUUGCUGUGGUUGACAAACUCACAACCCCCCGAAUCAGAUCGCUUCAGAACUCCUAACAGCAGAUCAAUGUAAUUAAUUUGCUUGUUAUUUUAGUGAAAAAUUACAAUCCACCAGGUUAAAUAUCAGCACAAAUCAGCAAAAUGAUAAAAAUUAUACUACAUCUGAAGCCACCCUAGAAAAACUCUAUUACCAUGUCAGAAUUUCAUACAGUUGACCACAAAACUAGCGAAAACGGUUCACCAGCUGAAACCAUCAAUGAGCUGUCUUGACUCAAUACCAUCUGACUUUUUCAAAGCUAUUGCGAAGUCUGUGCUAGCUGAUUUGCAGCAAAUAAUCAAUUGCUCACUUCAGUCAGGCGAGUUUCCUAAAGCUCUUAAAGUAGCUGCCGUUAAGCCUCUGCUAAAAAAAAUUGAACGCUGGACACUGCUUUAAUUGUACUUUUAUUUUAUUUUUUCUCUUUGUUUUAAAUGUUUGUAAGCUGUUUUUUUUCUUUGUUUUUAAUUGCUUUUAAUCAUGUAAAACACAUUGAGUUGCCUUGUGUAUGUAAUGCGCUAUAUAAAUAAAUUUGCUAUGCUUUGCUUCCCCUCC